AUGGCCAACUGCGGGCCUUCGCCUGGCGGCGCGGGCGGGGGCGCGUCCGGCCGCCGGCUGCACUCGGAGGAGGCCCAGGACGUGGCUUCGGCCUCCAGUGUCCGGGCCUACGAGAUCCUCCACUUACACCUGAACCUGAAGGUCGAGUUCGGGCCGCCGGGGCCCGGCCCGGGGAGCCGGAGGCUCAGCGGCUCGGCGGCUCUGGACCUGCGCUGCCUGGUGCCGGAGGGCCCCCCCGAGCUCCGGCUCGACUCGCACCCGUGCGUCCAGGUGGAGGCGGCGGGGCUGCAGCGAAAGCAGCCCGCCCGCGAGGGGGAGCCGCCCGAAGACCCCGUGCCUUUCCACACGCGGCCCUUCUCCCACUACGGCCAAGCCCUGUGCGUGACCCUGCCCCAGCCCUGCUGCCGCGCUGGCGAGCGGUUCCGGGUGCGACUCACCUACCACGUCGGGGAGGGACCCGGGGUCUGCUGGCUGACUCCCGAGCAGACGGCAGGAAAGAAGAAGCCCUUUGUCUACACCCAAGGGCAAGCCGUACUGAACCGGGCCUUCUUCCCGUGCUUCGAUACUCCUGCUGUGAAAUACAGAUAUUCUGCCCUUAUUGAGGUCCCAGAUGGCUUCAUAGCCGUGAUGAGUGCUAACAACUGGGAGAAGAGAGGGCCGAACACGUACUUCUUCCAGAUGAGUCAUCCCAUCCCCUCCUAUCUGAUAGCGCUGGCCGUCGGAGAUCUGGUUUCUGCCAAAGUCGGACCCAGGAGCCAGGUGUGGGCUGAACCCUGCCUGAUUGAGGCUGCCAAGGAGGAGUACAACGGGGUCAUAGAAGAAUUUCUGGAAACGGGAGAAAAGCUUUUCGGCCCCUACGUCUGGGGAAGGUACGACGUGCUUUUCAUGCCGCCGUCCUUCCCCUUCGGAGGAAUGGAGAACCCUUGUCUGACCUUUGUCACCCCCUGCCUGCUGGCAGGGGACCGGUCCUUAGCAGACGUCAUCAUCCAUGAGAUCUCCCACAGCUGGUUUGGGAACCUGGUCACCAAUGCCAACUGGGGGGAAUUCUGGCUCAACGAGGGCUUCACCAUGUAUGCCCAGAGGAGGAUCUCCACCACCCUCUUCGGGGCUGCUUAUACCUGCUUGGAAGCUGCAACUGGGCGGGCCUUGCUGCGGCAGCACAUGGACAUCACUGGCGAGGACCACCCACUCAACAAGCUCCGAGUGAAGAUCGAGCCAGGUGUUGACCCAGACGACACCUACAACGAAACCCCCUACGAGAAAGGCUUCUGUUUUGUCUCCUACCUGGCCCACCUGGUGGGUGAUCAGGAUCAGUUUGACGAUUUCCUCAAGGCCUACGUCAAUGAAUUUAAAUUCCAGAGUAUCUUAGCUGACGACUUUCUGGAAUUCUACUUGGACUAUUUCCCUGAGCUGAAGGAAAAAAAAGUGGAUUCCAUUCCAGGUUUUGAGUUCGAUCGAUGGUUGAAUAUCCCUGGCUGGCCCCCCUACCUCCCUGAUCUCUCCCCUGGGGACACCCUCAUGAAGCCUGCUGAGGAGCUGGCCCGGCUCUGGGCGGCGGAGGAGCUGGAUGUAGAGGCCAUUGGUGCGGUGUCCAUUUCUCCCUGGAAGACUUAUCAGUUGAUCUACUUUCUGGAUAAGAUCCUAGAGAAGUCCCCUCUCCCUCCCGGGAAUGUGAAGAAACUGGGAGAGACAUAUCCAAACAUCUCAAGUGCCCGGAAUGCGGAGCUCAGGCUUCGGUGGGGCCACAUUAUCCUGAAGAACGACCACCAGGAGGGGUUCUGGAAAGUGCAGGCCUUCCUGCAGAGUCAGGGGAAGCAGAAGUACACCCUUCCGCUGUACCACGCGAUGGUGAGUGGCAGCGAAGUGGCCCGGGGCCUCGCCAAGGAGACCUUUGCCUCCACCGCCUCCCAGCUCCACAGCAACGUGGUCAGCUACGUGCAGCAGAUCCUGGAUCCCAAGGGCAGUGAGAGCCUCACCGCCUGACCUCUGGCUCUUCGGCCUCCGACUGUCGCAACCUGCGGCUCUCCGGGCAACUUCUAGAAGUGUGUGCCCCUCGGGGUCGUCUGUGCUUGGGCUGAGGCCCUCCACCUACGGGUCUCUGCAGACCAGAGCACGAGCCCCCUGCCCUGCCUCCCUCUUACCAUCUGCAGAGAGGAUUUUACCACUUCUCUGUCUUUCUCUCUCUCUCUGCUGAUUUUUCAGGUACUAUGCAAGAGAAUGCAUUCUGGUAAAUCUUUUUACGGUUUGAUCUUUACUUUAAUAAAUGUUUUGAGGUGGAAAGUC